AUAUGCAAGUCGACGUGGAAUCAUGUUGCGGAAGUAUUUACCUACCGAACCCUAGUCGGCUUCACUCCGCAAGCAAUAAAUACUCCCUGUAUUAUCCACUCGAACACUUCUCUGAGAACAAUACAUUGUACAAAAAGUCAACUUCAAAAUCGCAGCAUUGCCUGGAGGAUAUCAUAGCCUACUAUGAGCCAGGUUAUACUAGUUACUGGCACCAGUCGAGGCAUCGGCAAAGGACUUGUGGCACAUUAUCUCGCCCAGCCCAGGACUACAGUCAUUGCAACUGUGCGGGACACCACAUCCCCAAAAGCAAAGGAGCUCACUACCCUCCAAAAGGGCGAUAAAUCCCGCCUAAUUGUUGUAAAGCUCAUAGCCGACGAUCCGGUUAGCGCUACGGCAGCCACAUCCAAAAUUCGGACGCAGAACCUUGAUCACAUUGACAUUGCAAUUGCCAAUGCGGGAAUUUGCGAUCACUGGGGCCCUGUUGUGGAAUCUACAGAGCAGGACGUGCUCUCCAACUUUGAAGUCAAUACCCUGGGGCCUCUCCGGCUUUUCAAGGCUGUAGCUCCUCUGCUGCAGAACGCUAAGACUCCGAAGUUUAUUUAUAUUUCUACUCUUCUGGCUAGCAUUGGUGGGAUUGGCAACAUGUUUACCCUUACCGGGCCAUAUGGAAUGUCGAAGGCGGCUGGAAAUUUUCUGGUCAGAAAGAUCCAUGCUGAAAACGAGCAUUUGACUACCUUGUCUAUAGACCCUGGGCUCGUUCAAACAGACUUGGGUGAUCGUGCGGCGAAGCACUAUGGAAUGGAACAAGCUCCGGUGACGCUUGAGGAGUGCGUUAGUGGAAUCAUUACUCAGAUUGAGAGAGCGGACCGCUCGUCCACGUCGGGCUCGUUUGUCAAUGCAAAUGGAGAGUUUGUGGCUUGGUAAUAAUUCCGAAAUGGAAUGGAAAGAAAUGUAGUCAUCUGGCAGCAAUACUUUGCAAUCCAGCAAACUAUAGACCAGUAGGAAGAGACAAUUUCGUUAGUUACAGCUGCUUUAGUGCCACAGACGCUAUGACUUAGUAUUGUAAUCUCUAUGCUUUUCGCUUUUCCGCUAUUGCAUUCCAUGCCCUGGAUGUUUUCAAGUUCCACCCAUAGUGGGUAUUGGAUAUGCAA